AUGGACGCACCAUAUAAACCCCUCCUACUGAUAACUGGGGCUUCGGGCCAUCUUGGCUUUCGAGUCCUCGUUCUGGCCCUGCAAGCCGGUUACAGAGCACGAAUCGCUCUGCGAAAGCCAGAGCAGGCGGAGAGGAUCAAGAACAGUCCGUCGGCGAGACCGUAUACUGCCGACAUCGAAGCUGUGCAAGUUCCGGAUGUGAUAGCGACAGGGGCAUACGACGAAGCUGUGAAGGGUGUCCAGCACAUCAUCCACAUCGCCAGUCCGAUGCCUACCAAAUUAGAGCAUCAGAAGGAAGAUUGGCAGGAGCUGUACUUUGAACCAGCGACAAAAGGCACGUUGAGUAUCCUGGCAGCCGCCGCCAAGUCGCCAAGUGUCAAGACUGUGAUCAUCACUUCAAGUGUCGGGAUUCUUCGAGUUCCAGAGAGCAAAGAUCGAGCUGGCCCAAACGAUCUUAUACCACGUCCUUCGGUCGAAGCUGCCAGUAAACUGGAAACGCCUGGAGAGGCCUACAUCAUGUCCAAGGUCCUUGCCCACCAUGCUGGAACAGAGUUUGUCAGUCAGAACGAGGUUGGGUACAGUCUGAUCAGAAUUCUGCCUGGCCUGAUCCAAGGCCCUCAUGAACUGGCUCAAAACGUGGGCGAUCUGUUUGCCAGCAGUAGCAUUGGAACACUCAACGCCAUGCUCGGUCAUCCGACUCGAGCCGCAAACUCGCAGGUGCUCCUCGACGAUGCAGCCAGAGCGCACGUUCUGGCUCUCGACCCAGAAAAGGGCCGAAAUGGAGACGUUAUCAUUGUUGUGGGCAACGAUGGAAACUGCACAGCCUGGGACGUCUAUGCGAGAAAUGCGGCCAAGUUCUUUCCCAGAGAAGUCGAAUCUGGUCUGUUCAAGCCGGGGACUGUGGGUAAAGUUGAGCAAAGCCUCAAGAAGUACGAAGUCGCUUCUAGCGAGGAAGUGUUGGGUUUCAAGUUUGCAGGCUUGGAUGAGAUGGCAAGAGGUGUUCUUGAGCAGUACCUUGAAUUGCGUCGACAGUCGUAG